AGUUACUUCCUGCGACGCUAGCUUGGGUGCUACAGAAUAAACCUCCUUGAUAGACAGCUUCAGCGGAGAGGGUGCCUGCAUUGACUGUAAACGCCACAGCGAUACACGGGAAGGUCACAAGGAGAGCUUUGUCAGGAUAAUUAGAGAACUAUAUGAUACAUACACAAAUAAAAUAAAAUUGUCAGUAUUUGUGGAUUGUCAAGUCUUAGAGGGGGACACGGAAAUAGCUAGCCACUGCUAGCUGACAGACGCUAACUGAAAGUGUCAAUUAGUCCAUUAACGUUAGCUAGAUUAAACGGUUACGGACAGUUACUGUCAGUUGCACAACGGAGUAAACGGCUUUGAAAAACAAACGUUUUAUAGAAUCGUUGAGUCUCUUCAGUUAGCGGUAGGUAACAUUUAGUCCAUCUUCAGCUAAAGUCAGGUGACGUUGAAAAGCGACGAUGGACUUCCUUGCUGGAUGCAUCGGAGGUGCAGCUGGAGUCUUGGUAGGACACCCAUUUGACACAGUUAAGGUGAGGCUGCAGGUCCAGAGUGUUGCCAAGCCUCUGUAUCGUGGGACCUUUCACUGUUUCCAGUCCAUCGUACGACAGGAGUCGGCAUUUGGUUUGUACAAAGGCAUCGGAUCCCCCAUGAUGGGCCUUACAUUCAUCAACGCUAUAGUGUUUGGUGUUCAGGGAAACACCAUGCGGCUGCUGGGAAAUGACACCCCCAUGAACCAGUUCCUUGCCGGUGCAGCAGCGGGUGCCAUCCAGUGUGUCAUCUGCUGCCCCAUGGAGCUGGCUAAAACCCGUAUGCAAUUGCAGGGUACUGGAGAGAAGAAGUCCUCUAGGAAGUUGUACAAGAAUUCCCUGGACUGCUUGGCACGCAUCUACAAUCGGGAGGGUCUGCGGGGUGUAAACAGAGGCAUGGUCACAACAUUGAUCCGUGAGACACCUGGCUUCGGAGUGUAUUUCCUGGCCUAUGAUGUGCUGACGCGCAGCCUUGGCUGUGAGCCGGAUGACCGCUACAUGAUCCCCAAACUGCUGUUUUCUGGGGGCAUGGCUGGCAUCGCCUCCUGGCUUUCCACCUAUCCUGUAGAUGUGAUCAAAUCGCGGCUGCAGGCGGACGGGGUGGGUGGAGUAAACCAGUACAGCAGUAUUGCUGACUGCGUGCGACAGAGCGUCAGGAGAGAGGGCUACAUGGUGUUCACACGAGGCCUCACCUCCACGCUGCUACGAGCCUUUCCUGUGAAUGCAACCACCUUUGCGACCGUCACCCUCAUCCUCAUGUACUCUCGGGGGGUGGAGGAGGGACCUCAAGACUGUGAGUCGGUUCAGCCGAGCCACCAGGCGCAGCUACAGCAGCAGGCCCAACCCUCCAGCCUGUGACAGCACAGAGGUCUCGUCCUCAACCUGGGCACUUUACAAGAGCAUGGAAGGUAAAAUAUACAUACAAACCCUUUAUCACUGUGUGUCUCAUCAGACCAGUCAUUCCCAAUUCUGAGUAACAAAACCCUAGUUUAUAUAAACACUUGCUUUUACUUUCAUGUCAUAAAAAUAUAUUGUAUUAUUAUAUAUAUAUUUGUUCUUUUCAGGUUUGCAUCUGAAGAAGCAUACUUAUAAAGGGGAUGGUGUUACCUCUAAUAGGAUGGGGGCUCUGAGAUUCUUGACAGGUUUUAACAGCAGGGUUUAUUUGUGGGAAAUGUGUAGUGUGACACUGAUCCAGACUUGUUACACUGAAGGUUGAUAUCGUUAUUACAUAUAUAUCUUAAACUGUGCAGUGUUUAACUGCACGUGUAUAUAUCAUUGUUUUUGAUUUCAUUUAUUUAUUUUUUAUGUUUAUUGGAAACAUUUUCCCUGCCUUAUAAUAUGAACACUUUUAUUGUGUAAGGAAGCUGAAGCACCUGAUUGUACCUGAGCUGUAACCCAGAAGAGCCGAGAGAGAGAGAGAGAGAGAGAGAUGGAAUUCUUAUCACUUGUGUCUGCUUUGAAACCAAAAAGACACAUUGCAGCUCUAGAUUCUCACUAUAGCACUAUUACGCCGUACAGCACACGUCAGUCCCCGAUGCCCAACAGAAAUCCAGCAGUUUGAAGGGCUCUUCAGGGGCCGAAUGUAAAAUGUGUGUGUGUGACGCAGGGAUGGAGAUGGCGUUAUGUUAUGUUUCAUGUCUUGUUUGCUCGUCCGUUUGGCAUGUUGUGUUUUGGGGGAAAUGUAAAGAUUAGGUAGCCUCUUAAAGAGUGCAGGAAAAAGCUCCUUGUAUAACAUGAAUUAAAAGCUUUGGUUACUGAGCAGAACGACCUGCAUGAAAUGUCCCUGUGGAAGAUUUUAAAGUAUUGUUUCCUUAAACUUGACAAAGUGUAUGUGUGUCUACUUAUACUGUACCUGAUCUGGAUUGGGGCUUUAAUGAACUUGUUUAUUUUCUAUAUUAGCAUAAUAAUGUACAGGUAUUGGUAAUGCGUGGGCCUUGUGUGCUUUCUGCAUGUGUGUGGUCAGUAUCAGAUGUAUAUAUUUUUUUUUUCCAUUUCCUGCCUGAAUGUGGAAUAUCUUGCUGUAAAGCAAUCAAAGUUACUCUCCUACAAAAAGGCUAACGUGUCAGCGGUACGUUGUCGGUGCUACUGAAAAUCUGUUCCCCCUGAAUGCUUUUCCGAGCUCUUUUUGUAAACCUAGCAACAGAUCAAACUACUGUAAAGACAGUCUAUGAAAGGCUGCUGGAGAGCAGGCAGUCACAGAGGCACUUGUUGAAUGUAACACACCUGUAUUCACUUGCAGGUGAAGGAUAACAUGAUUUCUUGGAAUCCUGUUUAAAUCUUAAUGUGACUAGUUUCAAUCUUUCAAUGCUGCUGAGAAACUUGAAAAUCUCCAAGGCUAUGUUUGGGUGUGUGUGUGUGUGAUGAUGGGAAAUGUAAGCGCAAAGGGAUGUUUCUGGUAUGUCUGUAGAAGUUGCUUGUGUUUAAGCAAUAAUUCCACCUCUUGAGCGGCGACUGUUAUCCUCGACUGUAAAGUAGAUUACAUCUGAAACUCUGAUUGCCAUUUGACAGCUAACCUGUAGUCCAGCUGAUGUGGAAGAUGCACUAUGUACAAGAUGUAGCUGUAUUAAUGGGAGUUUGUGUUGAAGUGUUAAUGUAUAUAUAUUUAUAUAUAAACAUAUGGCAUAUAUUUUUCAGUCUAAAGUAGUCGUGUGGUUCCCUGAAUGUCUGAGUUGAAGCAAUUUUUAAAGUCUCCAUUUGAUCAAUUUGAUAUCGCUGUUACGCUUAAGAGAUUUUAACUGAAAAACUGAUAUAUUUUUGUAACAUAGCUGCACAUAACAUAUUUGUCAGUGAUGAUGUGUACAAUGGCUAAAUAAAAAUGAUUCAGCA